AUGGAGGCGGCGUGGCGCCAGGGUGGCCGCGGGAGAGGACGGGGUCGCCCUGGAGCCCUCCCCGCGGGGAACGGACCUGGUGGCCGGGGGAGGGGAAGAGGAGCGCGAGGCGCCCCGUCUUCCGGCGGCGUCCCGGGAGCCAAUGAGUUAGCUUCUCAGAAAAAAUUUGAUGAAAUUAAGAGGGCUAAUCAAGCAGCAGCUAAAAAGUUUGUGGAAGACCAGUUUAGUUCCUCAUCUGAAGAUGAUGACGAGGAUGACGUUGAAGGAAAACAUGGGGAAAUAUUGGCCAAAACAUUUACAACUUACACUAAUCAAACCGAUGGUGACACCCAUGAACUGGAGCGCACGAGGCAAUACAUGAACGAGGCUUUUCAGUCUGGAGCAAUGACAUGCUUGAUUUGUAUUGCUUCAGUUAAGAGAAACCAAGCUGUUUGGAGUUGCUGUGGCUGUUUCUGCAUAUUUCACAUGCCAUGCAUUCAGAAGUGGGCUAAGGAUAGCCUUUUCCUAGUAUCUUCUCCCUUGACAGAUGAUGAUUUUGGGAAGAAGGAUUAUCCAUGGCCAUGUCCAAAAUGCAGGUUUGAGUACAAGCGCUCAGAUAUUCCCACGAGAUAUUACUGCUACUGUGGAAAGGUGGAGGAUCCAGCACUGGACCCAUGGCUGGUUCCACAUUCUUGUGGCCAAGUAUGCGAGCGGCAUUUCAGACCUCCAUGUGGCCAUAAGUGCCUGCUACUUUGUCACCCAGGUCCCUGUCCUCCUUGUCCCAAGAUGGUCUCAACAACCUGUUACUGUAAAAAGGCAAAGCCAGUGCCUCGAAGGUGCAGUACAAAAGAAUGGUCGUGUCAGCUGCCCUGUGGUCGAAAACUGCCCUGUGGACAGCACCGCUGUGAGAAAUCUUGCCAUCCAGGAGACUGUGAACCCUGUCCAAGAGUUAGCAAGCAAAGUUGUGUCUGUGGAAGGCAAGUAGCAGAACGACUUUGUGCAAGCCCUUUGUGGCAGUGUGAUCAGGUUUGUCGCAAAACUUUACCCUGUGGUUAUCAUGCCUGUGAGGAAGUUUGUCAUGCUGGCCCCUGUGGGGAAUGUCCUCGAUCUGGCAAAAGGUUCUGUCCCUGUGGAAAAUCAAAAUUUUCUUUGCCGUGUACGGAGGAUGUACCAACCUGUGGGGACAGUUGUGACAAAGUCCUUGAAUGUGAGAUCCAUAGAUGUUCACAACGCUGCCAUCGAGGCCCUUGUGAAAUCUGUAGACAGGAAGUUGAAAAGCAGUGCCGCUGUGGAAAACAUACAAAACAGAUGCCCUGCCACAAGCCAUAUCUUUGUGAGUCAAAAUGUGCAAAAAUUCGUGACUGUCAAAAGCAUCAGUGCAAGAGAAAGUGCUGUCCUGGGAACUGCCCACCGUGUGAUCAAGUCUGUGGGCGAACGUUAGGAUGUCGUAAUCACAAGUGCCCUUCUGUCUGCCAUAGAGGUAGCUGCUAUCCAUGUCCCGAGACUGUAGACAUGAAGUGCAGCUGUGGCAAAACUGUUGUCAAAGUACCCUGUGGUAGAGAACGUACCACCAAACCUCCCAGGUGCAAAGAUCUUUGCAGGCAGCCGCCAACCUGCCACCAUCCCAGCCGAGAGAAGCACGGUUGCCAUUUUGGCCCCUGCCCUCCUUGCCGCCAGCCGUGCAAGAAAUCCUUAGAGACGUGCAGCCACGUGUGUCCAGCUGCUUGCCAUGAUGAAGCGCUUGUGAAGCAAUCUGGCCUGCCCCAGCCUGCAGGCCCGUGGGAACAGUCAUCUGAGCCUGUUUUUAUUCAGACUGCAUUACCUUGCCCUCCCUGUCAGGUUCCGAUUCCAACGCAAUGCUUGGGGAAACAUGAGGUGAGUCCAUUGCCAUGUCAUGCUGCGGUACCCUACUCUUGUAAAAGAUUUUGUGGAAGGCUGCUUGAGUGCCAGAAUCACACGUGCAUGAAGGAAUGUCACAAAGUUACCGAAACAGAUGGAGGCAGCGACGUUCAAAAGGCAAGUCAAGAAUGCUCUCAGUGUGAAGAAGGAUGUUCCAAGCCGCGGCCACCUGGCUGUCCUCACUCCUGCCCUCUGCCUUGCCACCCUGGAGAAUGCCCACCAUGUGCCCAAAUGAUCCGGAUGAAGUGUCACUGCAAACUCACGAGCCUGUACAUCGAAUGCAUAAAAAUCACUUCUGCUGACUUAAAAGAAAAGGAUGUACUCAGCUCCUGUAAAAAUCAGUGUCCAAAAGAGUUGUCCUGUGGUCACAGGUGCAAAGAGAUCUGCCACCCAUUUGACUGCCUUCAGAACUGCAAUCAGAAAGUAAAGAUCAGAUGUCCUUGCAAGAGAAUAAAAAAGGAGGUGGCGUGCAAUAAGGUUCAGGAAGGUGACGUUUCAUUAGAAUGUGACAUGGUGUGUAAGGAAAUGAAACGGAAAGCUUCUGAGAUAAAAGAGGCAGAGGCCAGAGCUCUCAUUGAAGAGGAAAAACGAAGGCAACAGGCUGAACUGGAGGCUUUUGAGAACAGGCUGAGAGGACGUCGAAAGAACAAGAGAAAAAAGGACGAAGUUAAAGUGGAACCAUCUCUGUGGCAAAAAUAUAGGAAAAUGAUUGUCCUGCCUGUGUGUGGGGUGGCUGUUGUGAUGGUUGCGUGGUUCAUAGCCUACAACUACUGA